AUUUCAAAAGUUUGAGGACUAUGCACACAGUUAUUGAAUUUGAACCAUACCCACUAUCUAACAAUUAUUUUUCUCUUUCAGGUGCUGUCGGCUUGUGGACCCAUAAGUGUUUCUUUUUUUACAGUUGUAGUAUUUUUUGGCUCUUUUUAUCUCAUCAACCUGAUGUUGGCUGUGGUAGCACUUAGUUAUGAAGAAGAAGCAGAAAUAACUCAAGAGGAGCGAAAAAAAGAACUUGUGGACCAUCGCGAAGACUCCACGUUCAGUUUCGACCCGACCAACCUGAACGUGAAAAAGCUGUCGAAACAAAAGAUAAAGAAAAUCGACGCCCGCAAGGGUGUGCUGCUGUCGUCGUACACGCGGAAAAAGACGAGGCGCAGGAAGAGGAACCGAAGUUCUACGAACGCCGCCAAAACGAACGCGACGGAGAACAACGGCAAUAAACAAGAGACCAAAGACUCGAGCUCCAAUAAAUCGUCACCGAAAAAGAAUCCCAAAUAUUUAUUAUUAAGGAGUUUUUUCGACACCCACUAUACGGGAGAGCCGUACCUGUGCGGCAACGUCACCGGAUCUAGGCACUGCCCGCCGACGCACACGUGUCUCUGCACCGGAGGCAAUCCGAAUCAUGGCUACACGAGCUUCGAUAAUUUUCUCUGGUCGAUGCUCACUACGUUUCAACUUAUCACGCUCGACUACUGGGAGAACGUUUAUAAUAUG